GUUGUUGCCAUGGCCUAUGAUGAACAGAAUCAAGCAACCCAAGAAGAAGCAGAACAGAAAGAGGCUGAAUUUCAGCAGAUGCUUGAACAGCUGAAAAAACAACAAGAAGAAGCUCAGGCAAUAGCAGCAGCUGCAUUUGAAAUAACAGAUUUCAGUGGUGAAGGUAGGAUUGGUAGACUUUCGGAGAGUUCUUCAGAAGCAUCAAAGUUGAGCUCAAAGAGUGCUAAAGAAAGGAGAAAUCGAAGGAAGAAAAGAAGACAGAGAGAGCUGUCUGCAGGAGAGGACCAAGUGAAGGAUGGAAAGCUUCCAAAAUCUGAAUCAGAUGGCAGUAUCAGAAGAAAAGGUUUCCAUUUCUCAUUAGAUGGGAACAAGCUCACAUAUGAAAAGCGUUUGACUUCACCCCAUCAGUCUUUGCUGAGCAUUCGUGGUUCCAUUUUUUCUCCAAGGCGCAACAGCAGAACAAGUCUGUUCAGUUUCAGAGGUCAGGGAAAGGAUAUAGGAUCAGAAAAUGACUUUGCUGAUGAUGAGCAUAGCACUUUUGAAGAUAAUGGAAGUAGAAGAGGUUCCCUCUUUGUGCCAUGCAGGCAUGGUGAACGGCGCAACAGUAACAUUAGUCAGGCCAGUAGAUCAUCAAGGAGGUUACCAAUGCUUUCAGUGAAUGGGAAGAUGCACUGCACUGUGGAUUGCAAUGGUGUGGUUUCCUUGGCUGAUCGACAACCUUCUCUUUUGUCACCUACUGGACAACUUCUGCCAGAGAGCACUACUACAGAAAUAGAAAUAAGAAAGAGGCGGUCUAGUUCCUAUCAAGUAUCAAUGGAUUUGCUGGAAGACCCUACUAUAAGACAAAGAGCAAUGAGUAUAGCCAGCAUACUCACAAACACAAUGGAAGAACUUGAAGAAUCCAGGCAAAAAUGCCCACCCUGCUGGUAUAAAUUUGCCAACACUUUCUUGAUUUGGGACUGCUGGGAACCUUGGUUAAAUGUAAAGCGCAUUGUUAAUGUUAUUGUCAUGGAUCCAUUUGUUGAUCUUGCUAUUACCGUCUGCAUCAUUUUAAACACACUCUUUAUGGCCAUGGAACAUUAUCCAAUGACUGUACAAUUUCAUGAUGUGCUUGUAGUGGGAAACCUGGUUUUUACUGGAAUCUUUACAGCAGAAAUGGUUCUCAAGAUAAUUGCCAUGGAUCCCUAUUAUUAUUUCCAAGUAGGCUGGAAUAUUUUUGAUGGCAUUAUUGUUACUCUUAGUUUGGUGGAACUUUUUUUAUCAAACGUGGAUGGAUUAUCUGUUCUUCGAUCAUUCAGAUUGCUGCGAGUUUUCAAAUUGGCAAAAUCUUGGCCAACACUAAAUAUGCUUAUAAAGAUUAUUGGUAACUCAGUGGGGGCUCUUGGAAAUUUGACCUUGGUGCUGGCCAUCAUUGUCUUCAUUUUUGCUGUGGUUGGCAUGCAGCUGUUCGGUAAAAGCUACAUGGAAUGUGUCUGCAAGAUCUCUAAAGACUGUGUACUUCCACGCUGGCACAUGUAUGACUUCUACCAUUCUUUCUUGAUUGUAUUCCGAGUGCUUUGUGGAGAAUGGAUAGAAACCAUGUGGGACUGUAUGGAGGUUGCAGGCCAAGCUAUGUGCCUUAUUGUUUUCAUGAUGGUCAUGGUGAUUGGAAACCUAGUGGUACUCAACCUCUUUCUGGCCUUGCUGCUGAGCUCAUUUAGCUCAGACAACCUUGCUGCUCCAGAUGAUGAUAAUGAAAUGAACAACCUCCAGAUUGCCGUGACAAGGAUUCAGAAAGGAAUAGAUUAUGUGAAAAGAGAAGUGUAUGAAUGCAUCCAAAAAAUUCUUUUCAGAAAACAACAAGCUCCAGAUGAAGUAAGAUCCAUUGAUCGGCUAACAGAUAGGAAAGACGGUUGUAUUUCAAACCAUACUGUAGCUGAAAUAAAGAAAGACUUGCGAUAUCGCAAAAAUGAAAAUGGAACUACUAGUGUUGUGCUUGGCAGUGAUUAUGCAUCAUUCAUAAACAAUCCAAGCCUUACUGUUACAGUACCAAUUGCUGUUGGAGAAUCUGAUUUUGACCAGUUAAAUACAGAAGAAUUCAGCAGUGAGUCAGAGCUGGAGGAAGGCAAGGAGAAGUUAAACAUUUCAAGCUCCUCUGAAGGAAGUACAAUUGAUCUUGUUCCUGCUGGAGAAGAAAAAGCAGAGGUUGAACCAGAACAAACAUCAGAACCAAAAGCCUGUUUUACAGAAGGCUGUGUACGACGGUUCAAGUGCUGCCAAAUCAACGUAGAAAGUGGGAAGACAAAAGUGUGGUGGAACUUUAGAAGAACCUGUUACAGGAUAGUAGAACACAGCUGGUUUGAAAGCUUUAUUGUUUUCAUGAUUCUUCUCAGCAGUGGUGCUCUGGCUUUUGAAGAUAUAUAUAUUGAACAGCGCAAGACUAUUAAGACUAUACUGGAAUAUGCUGACAAAGUCUUCACUUACAUCUUCAUUCUAGAAAUGGUCCUAAAAUGGGUGGCCUAUGGCUUUCAAGUGUAUUUCACUAAUGCCUGGUGCUGGCUGGACUUCCUGAUCGUUGAUGUUUCUUUGAUUAGUUUAACAGCUAACGCGUUGGGCUACUCAGAACUUGGUCCAAUUAAAUCACUUAGAACACUAAGAGCCUUGAGACCUUUACGAGCUUUAUCACGAUUUGAAGGAAUGAGGGUGGUUGUGAAUGCCCUUGUAGGAGCAAUACCAUCUAUUAUGAAUGUACUUCUGGUUUGUCUCAUAUUCUGGCUAAUCUUCAGUAUCAUGGGAGUUAAUUUGUUUGCUGGCAAGUUCUUCUCCUGUGUUAACCUUACAAAUGGGCAAUGUUUUCUGGCAGAUAAAGUUAAAAAUAAGAAUGCUUGUGAAUAUCUUAUGGAAAACGAUGAUAAUGUUCGGUGGAAAAAUGUGAAAGUAAAUUUUGACAAUGUCGGAGCCGGCUAUCUUUCUCUGCUUCAAGUAGCUACAUUUAAAGGAUGGACGGAUAUCAUGUAUGCAGCUGUUGAUUCUGUAGAUAUAAAUAUGCAGCCCAGCUAUGAGAUUAGCUGGUUCAUGUAUAUCUAUUUUGUCAUCUUUAUCAUCUUUGGCUCAUUCUUCACUUUGAACCUUUUCAUUGGUGUCAUCAUCGACAACUUCAAUCAGCAAAAGAAGAAGCUUGGAGGUCAAGACAUCUUCAUGACAGAAGAACAGAAGAAAUAUUACAAUGCAAUGAAAAAACUGGGCUCCAAGAAACCACAAAAACCUAUACCUAGGCCAGCGAACAAGUUCCAAGGUCUGGUGUUCGAUCUUGUUACAAAGCAAGCAUUUGAUAUCACCAUCAUGAUUCUUAUCUGCCUUAACAUGGUCACAAUGAUGGUAGAAACAGAUGAACAAAGUAAACAAGUGACUGAUGUUUUAGACCAGAUUAAUGUGGUCUUUAUAGUCCUUUUCACUGGAGAAUGUGUCCUGAAACUGUUCUCACUCCGUUAUUAUUACUUCAAAAUAGGCUGGAACAUUUUUGAUUUUGUAGUUGUCAUUCUCUCCAUAAUAGGUAUGUAUCUAAGUGAUUUGAUUGAAGAAUAUUUCGUGUCCCCCACCUUGUUCAGAGUCAUCCGACUUGCCCGAAUUGGUCGAAUCCUGCGACUCAUUAAGGGAGCUAAAGGGAUUCGCACUCUGCUUUUUGCUUUGAUGAUGUCUCUUCCUGCUUUGUUUAACAUUGGCCUCCUGCUCUUCCUGGUCAUGUUUAUCUAUGCCAUAUUUGGAAUGUCCAACUUUGCCUAUGUUAAGAGGGAAGCUGGGAUUGAUGACAUGUUCAACUUUGAAACUUUUGGCAACAGCAUGAUCUGCCUAUUUCAAAUUACCACAUCUGCUGGUUGGGAUGGCUUGUUAGCACCAAUUCUUAACAGUGGGGAACCAGACUGUGACCCAUAUAGAGUUCACCCUGGAAGCUCCGUUAAAGGAGACUGUGGUAACCCUUCAGUUGGGAUUUUCUUUUUUGUCAGUUACAUUAUCAUAUCAUUUCUAGUUGUAGUAAACAUGUAUAUUGCUGUAAUUUUGGAGAACUUCAGUGUUGCAACUGAAGAAAGUGCUGAGCCUUUGAGUGAGGAUGACUUUGAAAUGUUCUAUGAAGUUUGGGAAAAGUUUGAUCCAGAUGCAACACAGUUCAUAGAGUUUAGUAAACUGUCUGAUUUUGCAUCUUCACUGGAUCCUCCUCUCCAUUUACCAAAACCAAAUAUAAUUCAGCUUAUUGCAAUGGAUCUGCCCAUAGUAAGUGGUGACAGAAUUCACUGCCUGGACAUCUUGUUUGCUUUUACAACACGUGUUUUGGGUGAAAGUGAUGAAACAGAUGCACUUCGAAUAGAAAUGGAAGAACGUUUUAUGACUGCAAAUCCUUCCAAAGUCUCCUAUGAACCAAUUACAACCACAUUAAAAAGAAAACAAGAGGAAGUAUCUGCUACUGUUAUUCAGCGUGCUUAUAGACUAUACCUUUUAAAGAAAUCAGUGAAAAAAAAUUCAUUUAUGUAUAGCAAAGAUAAAGUUGAUCUGCCUAUGAAAGAAGAUAUGCUUAUCGAUAAGCUGAAUGAAAAUUCCGGUCCUGAAAAAACAGAUAUGACCUCAUCCACAACCUCUCCACCAUCCUAUGAUAGUGUAACAAAGCCAGACAAAGAAAAAUAUGAAAAAGACAAAUCAGAAAAAGAAGACAGAGAUAAAGAUAUCAGGGAAAGUAAAAAGUGAAAGAAGACAGAGACAAAUUGUUCAUGACAAAUUGUUUACAGCCUGAGAUGGUGAUAUUUUUGUCAAUAGGACUCUUUUGGGAGCUCUAUGCCAAACUGACAUAUUUUUACAAAUAUACCCACAUACUUAAGGUCAGUGCCUAUAUAAAGACAGUGGCUCCUCAUUAUCCAACUGUGACUCUGUAACGAGGGCAACAACCUUUCCAGGAAAUUAGUUUUCAUGACCAGUUGGCCCUAAUGAAGAGACAACACAAAAUGGCUACUCAGACUGUAGGGACCAUUGUAAGGGGUGCAAAAUUAUAAUUAUGUGUAUGUUAACAAAAAUACGUUAGUGGAGCAGUUGUAUCCACUGUGUGCAUUUCAACUGCCACAUUUGUCCCAGUGUUGUAAAAAGUUUUGUUGGUACAAACAUUUGUUUUAAUUCAGAUUGUUCUAUCUGGUUUUUUUAUGUAGAGAAGAGAUCAUUACUCUUUCACAAAUAUACCCAUGUCAGCUAUUUAUUUUAAUGGAAUAAUGAGGUGUUUAUGAUUCUUUUCAAGAUUAUUAAAACACACGCCCCAUCCCCCUAUACCACUGUGUCUGAGGCCUUGUACAAACUGUUAGUUUCUCCUGGGAGAGUUGCUGCACUCCCAGUAGAAACCACAGGAGUAUAGAAGUUCAGGCUUUUUCUCCCAGAGUGAAAAUGGCUGCUCCAGGAAAAAAUAACAUGGGAACAACCAGGGUUAAAUCAGUUCCACAAGAGUUUAUCCUGGGAGUGCAAAUGUCUGUGCAUACUGAUAAUACAAGCUGAUCCUGAGCAGUCUGGGUUAGCCAAUCAAGGCUACCCUAUGUACUGCUACUAUGUGUUAACAGGCAGAUUAAGGGAGCCUGCAGAACAUACUGAGAUGUGUACACAGUACACACUGUGUGUGUGUGUGUGUGUGUGUGUGUGUGUGUGUGUCUGUCCCCACAGCUGCACAGUGUUAGCACUACAAGCUCUCCAUUCUUCAGGGUCUCAACAUUCAAAUGUCUGUACAUGUGGCUCUGGGUCAGUUUUUUUGGGGUUUUUUUUUUUACCAUAAGAACAAACCUGAGAGAAUUCUCCCAGAUUAUAUGAAUGUGUGUACACAGACUAAAUCAGAGCAGCAAUCACAAAAAGAUGACAGAAGACCAUAAUAUCAGUAAAUGCAAGUUAUCAGUAAAUAAAAGCAGAGGUGUCAAUUCUUGGAAGAAGGUUAGAUGUUGGUACAGAAUGAGUUUAUUAGUUUCCAUUUUUUCUUAUUAGUUUAGAUUCUUUUGAAGUAUGUAAUUGGUUAGUUGUUAUAGUCUGAUUUUCUGUCAUGUUCGGGUAGACAUCAUUUGCAUGAAGGCAUGCUGUACUUGUAGCUCAUGCAUGGGAAAGUAUGAAGUCAGAGAACAGCAGAGUUAUUGCUACUUCCAGGUUUCAAAUUGGCUCUUAUUUUGAUAUAUUUUAAAAAUAUUUGUAUUGUAGAGUAGCCAUAAAGAUCACAGAGUUGCACAAUGGAUUUGAAAAUAUAGAAUGAUGAUUUUUUUUAAAACAUAGACCUUUUAAUGUCAUGCAGUCCAUACUUCAUCCAGGGUCUGGAUCUACAACCUAUGAUGAUUAUUUUCAAUGGGAAUAGACCAUUUAAGAUGAAAAAUGGAGUUGCAAGUUUAAAUCAGUAGGAAAGAAUAGUACCCUUUGGACAAGUAUUGCCUUGAUUUAUACCUCAGGCUAACAAUACCUGUUGCAGUUGUACAUGGGGGAGAUGUGAGAAAAGAUGUAAGUCAAGGAAUUUAGUUCUUUUUUUUUCUUUUUUUCUUUUUUUUUUACUAUAUGAAAUUAAUCUUCCCUAAAAUACCAAAAUGACCAAAAGGAUAUAGUUAUUCUGCUUUAUUCUGCAAUGUUGUUUUAGAUGUCUUCUGUUCCCAGAAAGACUAACCUUGUACUCAAUAACUAAA